AUGGAUCUCCAGAGGGCAGUCUCCCUUGGUCAAGGGCCCUCAUUUGAUUCCACAUGGCCCGCGACUUUGGUUCAUCAGUUUGAAAACAUUGUCCCAGAUUCUCCGCAAAAUGUAGCAGUCAAGGAAGUAGACGGUGCUUCGUUGACGUACACACAGCUUGCCCAGAAGGUGGAUAUGAUCGCUCUAGAGCUGCUACACCAUAAGGUGAACCAGGGAUGUCGCAUUUGUGUUCUACAAGAAGCAUCGGGUGACUGGGUCGCAUCCAUGUUGGCGGUUCUGAAAGUCGGGGCAGUUUAUGUUCCGCUUGAUCCCAGCACGCCUGUACAACGACUGUCGCUUAUCGCUGGUGAUUGUAAGCCUGCUGCAAUCCUCAUCCAUCAUUCCACACAGAAGCAAGCCACGGAGCUUGAAACACCUUCGGGGACCCCCAGGAUCAAUGUCUCUCGUCUCACGAAGCCUUCCUUUGACCCCAUAGAAAUCAUUGCGCAGGCCGAUGCCCCAGCUAUUAUCUUAUACACCAGCGGUUCAACAGGUACUCCGAAGGGAGUUGAACUCCAGCAUGCGGCCCUGAAACAUGAGUUCGAUCUCUGCGCCGCGACAUAUGCGCUGGAACCCUCGGACGUUGUCCGAGAGAUGGCGAGGUUGGGAGCGAGGUUUCCUCGACUCUUGAGGAACGCGGGGCAGAGAUAA